AUGCCCUUGAAGAGGCUAAGAUUGCAGAGUGAUCCUGACGCGAUGGACAUCGAUACAACUGAUCCCAUUGCUUCAAGCCAUCAUGUACUCACUGCUGGUGUCCCCAUCACAACUCCUCCAUCCCAUUCCCCCCUUGCAUCCAGGUCAUUUCCUCUCCCUGAUUGUUCCUCUCCUGGUGCCGUGAGUAUUGAGACUUCACGUUCCUUAGGGGCCACGAGCCAUGUUAAUCCUCCCCCAUCUUCAGCACCAAUGGUCCCCCUCACAACUCCAUCCCAUUCCCUCCUUAUGUCUCCUCUCCCCAAUCGUUCUUCUCUCAGUGCCGUGGGUAUCAAGACUCUAGGGGAGGGGGCCACGUCCCAUGUUAAUUCUCCCCCAUCUUCCACAGUAAUGAGUGCCGAGAGACCAAAAAUCUCGUUCCAGGAGUACAAGAAGUGCCAUGAGGCACAGAAAUCCUCUCUCGCACCUACGACUCACUCCCCACCCUUGGGUCGUUCUUUGCCUGAUUCCUCUUUGUCGCUUCGCAAGACAGGAAAUGUUGCAUUGCCAGACUGCAAUGCACCUGUCGUUCCUCUACCAUUUGUUACAGGAAUGGGUUCCGGGGAACCCAACCUGAACCGUUCGGCUCACUAA